AGGGACUUCCCUGUCACUGUCCCAUAGGGUUAACAGCAGCCUGGCUCUUUCCCUCCACCAAAGGUCACUGCCUCUUUGUACACUUCUCCAUACUCUCUCCAUCAACUUCCUCUUUCCUACAAUCUGCUCUCACUUUUGUGAGGACUGUCUUCUGUUUCCUGUUGAAACCCUGACUGAUAGGACCCCCAACCCUAGAUUCCCUAGAUUGAUCUGGAUUGCAGUCAUUCACAGCCCUGGCUUCAGGUUUAGGAACAUUGAUAAAAACUUCAUGUCCCUCACAUCCCCCUUAUACCUCAGGGUCAAGCAAGGCAAGCACUAAGCCACUCUGGAUCUUCAGUCUGCUCCAGCCCAAUGUCAGAUCUUCCAGGGUUCUAAGUCCAAGUGGCUUAGGCUAGAGCAUCAUUCCCCCAGGGCACUCUUCCUUUGUGACUUCACCCAUUGAAGUCACCUGGGAGACAGUGUUGAAGUUCCAUCCUAGAGUCUUGGAGUCUUAAGAGGCAGGGCCACCAGGCCCGGCCAGCCCAAAGGACUCUUUGUCCACAGUGUAAAUGAGGACUCUGCUGGCCCAUGUCCGGCAGGGAUGUAGAGGGCAGACUCAGAGACACCGGGCGCUCCCAGCACCAUGGAUGACGCUGCCGUCCUGAAGCGACGAGGCUACAUCAUGGGGAUAAAUUUGGGAGAGGGCUCAUACGCAAAAGUCAAAUCCGCUUACUCUGAGCGCCUAAAAUUCAACGUGGCGGUCAAGAUCAUCGACCGCAAGAAAGCCCCCACGGACUUCCUGGAGAAAUUCCUUCCCCGGGAAAUUGAGAUUCUGGCCAUGCUAAACCACCGCUCCAUUGUCAAGACCUACGAGAUCUUUGAGACAUCAGAUGGGAAGGUCUAUAUCGUCAUGGAGCUCGGGGUCCAGGGUGACCUCCUCGAAUUCAUCAAAACGCGGGGAGCCCUGCAAGAGGAUGAUGCUCGCAAGAAAUUCCACCAGCUCUCCUCAGCCAUCAAGUACUGCCAUGAUCUGGACGUUGUCCACCGAGACCUCAAGUGUGAGAACCUUCUGCUCGACAAAGACUUCAACAUCAAACUAUCUGACUUUGGCUUCUCCAAGCGCUGCCUGAGGGAUGACAGUGGCCGCCUAACAUUAAGCAAGACCUUCUGCGGGUCCGCAGCAUAUGCAGCCCCCGAGGUGCUGCAGGGUAUCCCCUACCAGCCCAAGGUGUAUGACAUCUGGAGCCUUGGUGUGAUCCUGUACAUCAUGGUCUGUGGUUCUAUGCCCUAUGAUGACUCCAACAUCAAGAAAAUGCUACGCAUCCAGAAGGAGCACCGUGUCAACUUCCCACGCUCCAAGCACCUGACAGGUGAGUGCAAAGACCUCAUCUACCGCAUGCUACAGCCAGAUGUCAACCGCCGACUGCACAUUGAUGAGAUCCUCAGCCACUGCUGGGUGCAGCCUAAGGCACGAGGUUUGUCCUCUGCGGCCAUCAACAAAGAGGGGGAGAGUUCCAGGGGCACUGAACCUUCAUGGACCCCUGAACCUGGCCCUGAGAAGAAAUCCGCCACCAAGGUGGAACCUCGAGAAGAGGCCCGCCCUGAGACAAAACCCGAGGAAGAAGCAGCACAAGUGGCCAAGCAGCCAGAGCCCCUGGGCUUAAGCAGUGAGCAGCUGCCCAGGGAGAAAGAGGAAGUCCCACCCCAACAGCCUCCAGAGACACACACCUAGCAAGGCUCUGUGGGCCCAGGGGGCCAGCAGGGAACAAGGCAGAACUCCUGGCUUGCAGCCUGAGCCAGGAAGAAGUCAAGGGACAACCAGAGAAGGUAGACAGUCCCGGAUGAGCCGCUAUUUUUUCGUGUUUUUCUCUCCCCCUUUGAACUUAUAACUCACAUGGCUAAAGAAGCAAUAAAUCACUAUAUUAGUGCAGAUCCUAA